UACGUGGUGGACCCCGGGUUUGUGAAGCAGAGGGUCUACGACUCCAAGACUGGCGUGGACCAGCUGGUGGUGACGCCCAUCUCGCAGGCCCAGGCGAAGCAGCGCGCGGGCAGGGCCGGCCGCACGGGCCCCGGGAGGUGCUACCGGCUGUACACGGAGCGCGCCUACCGCGACGAGAUGCUCUCCACCAACGUGCCCGAGAUCCAGAGGACCGACCUGGCCAGCACCGUGCUGUCCCUCAGGGCCAUGGGCGUCAACGACCUGCUGUCCUUCGAC